CGGGGCCAUCGCGCGCAGAUUUCGCGAGCUGCUGAGAAAGAAAAAAGCCGGGCCAAAUGGCGCGUCGCAGGCCCGGCGGUCCUACGAGCCUGGUGCUCUGUGCAACCGCCCUGCUCCUCGCUCUGGGGGUGGAAAGGGCUCUGGCGCUACCCGAGAUAUGCAUCCAGUGCCCAGGGAGUGUGCAAAAUUUGUCCGAAGUGGCUCUGUUUUGUAAGCAGACCCCGAAGCUAAUGUUGUAUGCCCGCUGCUGCUUCAAUCAGAAGGGCGCCAUCUUGGGGCUGGAUCUCCAAAACUGUUCUCUGAAGGACCCUGGUCCAAACUUCCCUCAGGCACAUACUGCUAUCAUCAUAGACCUGCAAGCAAACCCCCUCAAGGAUGACUUGGUUAACACCUUCCAUGGCUUUACUCAGCUCCAGACUCUGAUACUGCCACAAAAUGUCAGCUGUCCUGGAGGUAUUAGUGCCUGGAAUACUAUCACCACUCACACAGACAAGCAAACCUGCCAAGGGCAAAGGAACCUUUGCAACAGCACUGGAAGCCCAGAAAUGUGUCCUGAGAAUGGAUCUUGUGCUCCUAAUGGUCCAGGUCUCUUGCAGUGUCUUUGCGCUGAUGGUUUCCACGGCUACAAGUGUAUGCGCCAGGGCUCGUUCUCACUAAUUGUGUUCUUCGGGAUUCUGGGAUCCACCACGGUAUCCAUCUGCAUUCUGCUGUGGGGGACCCAACGCCGAAAAGCCAAGUCUUCAUGAACCACAUGGGUCCCCCUAGUGACCUAGGCAGGCAUCAUCCAGGCCGAGGACGAGGUUGGAAGGAAGAUGGAAAAUUGCCCUAUUCUCAAGUGUUGUGGAUACCUUCUCCAGGGCUAGAGUACCAGUUCCCGUUUGUGUUGUUGACUAUAAUAAACACUUUUUUCCUUGUCA